UGCGCGCCGCCGAGCCCCGGCGGCAUGGGCGUCACCGGCCUCCGGAGGUGCCUGCGCGACGUGCAGCGGCAGGCGCACGCGGAGGCCCUGCGGGGCCAGCACCGUCGGGCGGCAGAAGAUGGGUUUGGUCAGCCUGCGGACGGAGUGGACGGUGCUCCUGCCCUGUGCUCACCGCCGAGGACUACCGUGGCCUGCGCGUGGCGCUCGACGGCCACCUCUUCCUGCACCGCGGGCUCUGCCGCGGCCAGGGCGCCUGCGCCGCGGAGCUGCUGCUCGGGGUGCCCACGGUGGCCCACGCCGCGCCCCUCCUCGAGGCCGUCGCGGUGCUCCGGGCGCACGGCGCCGAGCCGGUGGCCAUCUUCGACGGGCGGCCGCUGCCGGCCAAGGCUGCGACGCGCGAGCGCCGGCGGCGGGCGCGGCGGCUCGCGCGCGAGCGCCUGGAGCAGCAGCUGGACGCGCGCGGGGCCGCGGGCCUGCAAGCGGAGCGCCCGCGCCUCGCGCAGGCGGUGGAGGUCACGCCGGAGAUGGUGGCACGCUGCACCAGCUGCCUGCGGCCUUGGGCGUGCAGUUCAUCGUUGCUUCCUACGAGGCGGACGCGCAGCUGGCCUACCUGGCGAUCGAGGGCCUCGUCGACGUGGUUGUCACGGCGGACGCGGACCUGCUGGCCUUUGGUUGCCCGCGUGUCCUCUUCGACCUCGACAGUGGCGGCGGCGGCUUGGAGGUGCGCCUGGGUGACCUCCAGGGCUGCGAGGGGCUGGCGCCCUACCGGCUCGCGCCCGCGUCGCUCCCCGACCUGUGCAUACUGAGCGGCUGCGACUACCUGCCCGCGCUGCCGCACGUGGGCCUCCGCACCGCCGCCAAGUGGCUCCACCGUGCUGGCGGCAGCGUCGAGGGUGCGCUGCGCCUGGCUGCGAGGAGGGGGGUCCAGGUCCCCGGGGACUACCGACGCAGCUUCGCGCGCGCCCGGCUGGUCUUUGAGUCGCAGCUCGUCUUCGACCCCAGGACCGGCCGUCUGUGCGCGCUCCGCCCGUUGAUGGUGGCACCAGACGUGCCCGAGGGCUACCUCGGGGAGGCACUGGACGACGAGACUGCGCGCUCCAUUGCCUGUGGGCACCUGCACCCCGUCACGCUGGAGAGCGUCGAUCCCGCGAGAUGCCAGCCCCAGGUCAGCGCCGCCCUGGCGGCCAAGCUGUCCUUGGCCCUGGCGCUGCUCGCUCCUGAUGGGCCUGGCCCAGCCUCCAGCUCCGGACGCGAUGGCGGAGAGCCGGCGGACCUCAGCGGUCGAGACGCAGCUGGGCCGCGCAGCACGGGCCGCGUCUCGCGCUCGCCUGCCCCCAGCGUGGCCCAGCGCCAGAGCAGCGCUGGCUGCGGCGGCGUGACGCGCGCGGCCCAGGGCGGCAGCGGCGGCGGCAGCCCGCCGCUCCCGCGGGCGCCGCGGAGCUCUGCGGCGCCCGGCGCCCCAGGUGCUGAGGGCCAGCCAGCCGCUCCGCGGGCACACUCGCGUGGCUUCAGGCCGCCGCGGCCUGCAGCGCCCUGUGACCGUGCGGCGGCGGCCAUCGUGCCAGCACCGACCGCCGAGCAGUACGGCGCGCUCCGGGGCGAGCUGGCGGAGGUCUCCGAGCGGCUGGGCGAGCUCGAGGCGGCGCUGGCUGGGCACGGGGGCGCCAGCACGGGACAGCCGGGGCGUGCCGCGAGCCCGGGCCCCUCGGAACCCGCAGAUUUUGCUUCGACAUUGUGCGAGGAGUGGCCAGCUUUAGAAUCGAAGCUGGACGAGGACGCACGGAGCUCCCUGUUUCCGCCCACCAGCGCCCUCGUGCUGUUCCGCACGGAGGCAGGUGGCGGCGCCGCGGGCCCGGGCCGCUCGGCUCACGCGGUUUUCGCCUCGAAGCCGGGGAAGGAGUGGCCAUUGUCGGAUGUAUCCA